UAGCAUGAGUGAUGACUGACGAGUGAAGAAGGAAGGAGCUCCGGAAUUGCAAAGCCUCCAAUUUCCCAACAAUGGAGGCGUCAGAAGAGAAGAAGAAGAAGACGAAGACGAAGACGAAGACGAAGGCCCUGUUCGAAGUCCCACACCCGUUGGAGCAAGCCGACAUCCUAAUCAAUAUCCUCUCGAGAGUGCCCACGAAAAAGAUCUUCCAAUUCAGGUGUGUUUCUCCAUUUUGGCAUAGGGUUUUGACCCAUCCACGGUUCGCCACUUGUUUGAAGUCGAAUCGCUUUAUUUUGAUGCACAAUGCCAGUGCCAUAGACCCUAAUGCUGAUAGAUGGUCAGGUUUGCUUUGCAUUGAGACUGACUCUUACAAUCCCACUUCGCCUUCAGAUAUUGUGUUUAGACUGCCCUUCGAUUUGCCCACCCGUGCAGCAGAAAUCAGUGGCUCCUGCAAUGGACUCCUUUGCCUGUUCGGAAGGUUUACUGAUAAGCUCUUUUAUGUGUUCAAUCCCCUAACAGGAGAGUAUGUAUGUCUGCCACAACCCCCUAAAAGGCUUCCCAAUGUAUUUUUCUAUGGCUUUGGGUGUGCUUCAGCCUCAAAGGUGUAUAAGAUAGUGAUCGCUAUACCUCAACCGAAUGAGGAAUUGGAAGUUUUGGUCCAUACAGUUGGGACUGAUGAGUGGAGAAAUGUAGCUACUGCAUCAAUGCUGCUCCCUACCCUUGAGGAAGGAGAUGGCUGCUUUGGAACAUGUGAGAAUGGGACUAUCUACUGGUUAGGAAGUAAUGGUGUAUUGUGGGGUUUCGAUGUUGAGGGAGAGACCGAUAGAGUCUUGGGACUUCCUACCCUAUCUGAUAUUAUAAAAGAAGGAGAUGUGGACUGUGUUGUGAAUCUUGGACUACUUAAGCAGUCUCUUUGUCUAAUUGUUGGCAUUAGGGGUUCUGAUUCUAGAGUUAAUGUCUUUUUGAAGAAGAAUUAUGUGGUGAAUGAGAUAAAUCAGUUCCUCUGGAAACACAAGUUUGUUAUGCAUGCUGCUGAGAUUGAUAAUGCUACAGUACCAUUAUUGGUUAGUAAGAAAAGGCAGAUGUUGAUGUUUCAUGAAGGUCGUUUAGCUGCUUUUACUCAUGGGAGGAAAGGACUUACAAAAAUUGUUCUUGGCAACAUGAAGACUUCAGCCAAUGCAGCAUUCGUGCAUUAUCCGAGUUUUGCCUCCCUUGCUGAUGAUAUCUACGGAUUAAAUCCCUCAGUUGUCAAAAUUACUAAAAAGCUGGAGUACCCAGCUCGAUCAAUGUAAGGAUUGACUUAAGAAUGCAGCUGACAAGGACCAUAAUGUUUCUGCAAUGAGAUGUUUGCUAGAAAGGAGGAUGUUGAGCUCAAGUUUUGUAGUUUCCUAUUUUGAGGCAUUCGUUAUAAAGUUUAGUUGUCUUUUAUUUUCACAUGUUUCAGCUAUUUUAAC